UUGAAAUUCGAACUAUAGUGAAAGUGUUGCCUCUGGUCUACUAGUUUGCUAAAACCCUAGAAGUAAACCCACGAAAAUGAAUUUGCAAUCCGUUUGUCAUGGAAUCGUCUCUCCCCUCGCAAAGUUGAAGUUCUCCUCUUCUGGUCUCAUACCUCACCAAGCCGUUUCGGCAAUCCAGGAUGGAUUUAAAGAUGAACGAGCUCGACCUCGAAUCCCAUCUAGAUUUGAUAUGGUGGUGCCUGUUUUGAGAAAUGUUCGGAAGGGCUUGAACAGAGGAGUUGUAGCUUGCGCAUCUAGUUCUGAUUCGAGUUCAAAGUUGAAGCUUUCUGGGGAUGAAAGUGCUAGCGUGCCUGUUAGUAGGUUUGGUGGGGUUGAGCCGUUUCGUGGUAAGUCGGGUGCUGUUUCUUUUCAUGGAUUGACUCACCAGUUAAUGGAAGAAAGGAAAUUGUUAUCAGCACCUUUCAUUGAAGACAAGAGCUCAUUUCUUUGGGUUCUGGCACCUGUUGCAUUAAUAGCAUCAUUGCUUCUUCCGCAAUUCUUCCUGGGCGCUAUAUUUGAGGGUUUCUUCACGGAUGAGCUUGUUGUAGAAAUUGUGACCUCAUUAACUUCUGAGGCCCUAUUUUAUGUUGGUCUUGCCACAUUCUUGAUAGUAGCAGACUUUGUUCAAAGGCCAUACCUGGAGUUCAGCCCAAGGAGGUGGGGUCUCAUCACAGGCCUCAGAGGAUACUUGACAUCAGCGUUCUUUGCAACAGGUUUCAAAGUUGUGGCACCUCUCUUUGUUGUGUAUGUAACGUGGCCAGUGCUUGGACUGCCAGCCUUCGUUGCUGUGGCUCCUUAUUUAGUAGGAUUUGUUGCUCAACGUGCAUUCGAGAUGCUCCUUGACAAGCGUGGGUCAUCUUGUUGGCCUUUGGUGCCUAUUAUAUUUGAGGUAUAUAGGCUAUAUCAAUUGACCAAAGCUGCUCAUUUUAUUGAGAGACUGGCAUUCGCCAUGAGGGGGCUUCCUGAAUCCCCACAACUGCUAGAAAGAAGCAAUGCCCUUCUUGCUAUGGUUGUGACUUUUCAAGUCCUUGGUUUGGUUUGCCUCUGGUCAUUGGUGACAUUUCUUUUGAGGCUUUUCCCCUCAAGACCUGUGGCAGAGAACUACUGAUAACUAUUCUGCUGUAUCUAUAAAGUUGGCCUGUCCAGGUGACGAAGAAGUUUUCCAUCGAUGACUGACCCUAGCAAAUGGUACUGCCCUGAUGAUCUAUGUUUAUCUGUAAUUUCACAGAUUCACGUAAUAGGUUGACGUUUAUAUGUGGCGAAUAAUCAGGAUAUUGAAGGUUGUCUGAACUGGUACUGUCAAGUUGUCAACUGUAUGGGAUUGAGUACACAUUUAAAUGGAGCCAUGAAGUCAUGUUGGGGGUUGCAGUGGUAGCUAGCUUGAAGGGGUAAGUAGUAAUGUAGUAUAUUGUAGUCUUCUAUACUGAAUGCAGCUGUAUCAAUGAUCUUUGGUUGCACCAGACUGUGAUUGACUAAAGAGAUCCACUUUCUGUCCACUCUAUUUAGGAACAUUGUUUAUUAACAUGCAUUGUGAUAUUUAUUUAUUAUUUUUCAUUCUCA